AUGAUCGAAGACCGUGGCAUCGACAGGCAUUCGUACAAACCGGUCACCUCCCGCAAAUUCGAGGGCCGUGCAUUUCGCAUUGCCAUCGGCAGCUUCAUUGCCAGGCGCAGCUUCAUUGCCAGGCUCCCAGACAAUAUACCGCAUAUCCGUUUCCGCUCGUCCGACGACGAGGAGGACUUCCUUCACGACUCUGCUCGACAACGUCGUGGCGCUUCCUAA